AUGUAUCGGAAACCAUUUUGCUCAAGACUUGAUUUUGACCUGGUGCAAGCAGCUAAGAAUGUGCUGGAUUUUUUGAGACAAGUUGACGAGUAUCCUGCGGACCUGUACAAGGGCCCCUUCCUUAAGAAUGCGAUCAGGCGAUAUGAAGUUUUCUGGCUGCCACUGGCUGCGAAGGAAGGCUAUGGGAGCAGAUUUCUAGCAGCUCCACUAGACAUUGCCUGGGUGUGGCAUGUACACAUGUUGGCGCCAUAUAACUACGAGCAAGACUGCAUUAACUGUGUAUCUAAAAUAGUUGAUCACGCGCCUUUAGGAGGAGUCCAUCUCGAAAAUGGACUUGAAAGAGCAAAGUCCCUCUGGGAAAAAGAAUACCCAGAUGAGCCUUUUGAGGUUGACCCCAGCCAAUCACCAGACCUAUCAAAGUUUGACAAGACGAAAAGCAAACUCCAACAAUACGAUUUGGAGGAAGCCAGUUACCGUCAAUCUAAAUUCUACUACCAGAUUUCUUUACCACAUUAUAAAGAUACACAAUUUCUGGAGGAAGCUGUUGAGCGUUAUGAACACCAUCUUCAUUUGACGAAAGAAAAUCCAGGAGUAUUCAUUGUCCCAUGUUAUGAUUUUGACCUCAUUUGGCACGCUCACCGACUUCACCCUGUAAAUUACAACCAGUCAACAACGCAGUUCCUGGGAUGGCUACUGCAUCAUCAUGAUGCGGUAAAGAGCUGCAGCCCAGGGUCCAAGUUGCAGGAUUGUGAAGCAGAGACACGAAAAGUGUGGAAAGCGGCUGGGUUGCUUUUUACCAAAUCGGGGGCAAUGCGGAGAGGUGAUCCACCAGACCCACUGCCACCUAGACCUUUGUGGCUGUAUGCUUCUCUUGCUCGCUGUGAAUACACCGUGGAUGUACUACAGGUAGAGACGUUUAACAUGGGCAAGAGAACCUUCUAUAUUCAACUGGUCGGUCCGGAAGAACAAGAUAUUUUGUCGCAUUCUUUCAAAGGUAAGUUUUUGUUUUGCCUCUUCUCGGGGAGGACUGACAGAGCGACGGUAAUCGAGCCUAGUAGCGACGCUUUCUUCAGCCCGAAAACCCGGUUAGGGAAGUUUUCGGGCCACUUUUCGUUACAUAUUACUUCCGGUGAAAAUACCGCAAAGCAUUUUACUCGAAGAAAAAAAAAUCGUUGAAUCACUUUUUUUAAGCAUUUUUUUGGUUUCGAAAGUGAAAAAAAGGACCCUCGAUUCAUACGCUUACCAAAUUGGCACAAAAACGACAUUUUCAAAUGCCCACCUUUUUUGUUGUACGUUUUACCGUACCUUAACACGGCCACAGGAACUCCAUAAUAAAUAAGCAACACAGCCACAAAAAGUGAAUUUAAAAAAAGACCAUUGACUAUUUUAUCAUACCCUUCCUCCUUUAAGGUAACCGUGCAGUCAAGGAUCUGAACGCCACACCGUUUAUUGUUGACAACGAUAAAAGACACACUAUCACAGCUUUGAUUUCUCAAAGGAGCUUAUUUUUCAAAAGAGAAUUUGUGACAAAGUCGACUGUAAGUUUGUUGUCGUCUCUUGAGGCUACAUCAGUGAACGACACAACGACUUCGUCUGUAGGCAUUUUGUUUGGCAACGAUAAAGCCCAGUACACAGCACAAGUAACAAUUAAGAUACAUCCACCCAAUCUACAGAGAUACAGCUUCAAAGUGAGCAUCGGUACGUUUUCCCCUCAAGAACACCCAUCUGCAUAUCUUCGCGAUCCACAGCUUGUCCUCUCUCCAAGUGAUCUCUCAAAGAAGUUCUUGCCUUGCAGUGUAGCUACGCAGAGUGUGCUUGACUGGAGAAAAAGAAAGGCAUUUGAAUAUCGCAUAGUUCACUCGUCUGCAGGCCUGAUGUCUGCUGUUGAAAUUACUAAUCUCUGUCAACAGGUUGUUGCCUCUGCUCACACAAUCAACUCGGCUUCUUUGCCAGACAAAGAUGCUAUCAGAGAUGCAAACACGUGUAUAGUACUGGACCCAGCUGAGCGGGAGAGAGCCAUGCUCAUUCGGGGUCGAAAAGAUUGGGCUGUCUGUGUGGCCAAAUGGGAUCACCAAAUAAAGCCAGGAUUUUGGUGUUACAGACAUUACGAGAACUUUGUCAAAAUUAAAAUUUUUAAACUUUAUGACAAACCCAGUUGGUGUGCGGUAAAAAAGUUGGCAUUCGGUAAGUUCGUGAUAAAAAUGGAUCCCAACACUGUGAUCCGCUUGGACUUGAGAAAGAGCAAGAUCUUUCUUUCCCCACAUGCUCAAGCCAUCCCUGAAGCUAUCGCCCUUGCAUUGUCAGUAGCAGUUCUCCAUCUUCUGUGCAUGCCUUACAUAGCAAAACGGUCCAUGGAAUCGUCUCCCAGUGACCAAAUUCGCGGCACAGAUCGGAUCUCACCAAUUUUUCACACUGCUGGAUAUUUCUGCCGCACCGUGCCAACGAAUACGUACAUUGAGUGUGCGUCUCUUGAGUUCCGUCCUCCGAACAGGUUUGACGGUAAUGUAAGCUAUGAUUUUGAUAAAGAUGAGGUUUGCUAUAAUUGUAAUGCGGGACCAGAGCAAGGAAGUGAAGAUUCUGAUGAUACGAACGAUACUUGGGAAAGCCUUGCUGGCGGGGAAACUGAUGAUGACCACAAAGAAGUUGAUGGCAGCCUUACCCAUGAAGGAGGCUGCGAAGGCGAAAAUAUUGGCUACGUUAGUGCUCGAGGUUAUUGCGAUAAAGGGGUCAGUAGUGUCUGUGGUGCCUUUGGAGGGUAUUCAGGUGGUGAUGGGCAAGGUUCUUGUUGA